CUCCAAUGAAACCUGGGGAUUGUGCCACAAGCGGGCGGUUGAAGUGAACGUCGAAUCCCUUUCAUUCGUAUCUGCAAAGAGUUCACCUCUCUGCUGUUCUAUUUUUUGAUCCACGACGUUCAGCUCACCGGUGAGUAGAUUCCUGGCGUCAAAAGGGGCACGGUAGUGCAGUAUAAAGUUGCAGAUACACGGCAACUCUCAUCCAAAACCAGACAUCGCACUCCAAUCGUCAAUACCGUGAAAGUAAUACCUGUAGACGAGGCACCGCCACGUUUCAGCGCCUUAAACCGCACCACUCAUUCCUUUACUCUAAUACCCGCCUGGCCUUCCCUCCUUCCUCUUCCAACUUACCAGACGAAGUUGUCCAGACCUCAUUUCGCAAGCACCCAAGUCCCUCCAUUGUAAUCGCAACAAUCACUCAAAAUGCCUGCUAUCAUUAACGGAGACCUCGUCCGCCGCGUCGUGAGCGACCCAAAUACCGCUGCCCACCUUGUUUCGCUCGUCGCUCGUAAGGGCAAAGCCAAGAAGGGAGCUGGCAAGAUCAUCGGAAUCGUCAUCGCCAUCGUUGUCAUUAUUAUCAUCAUCGCCAUUAUCUUCUUGGUAUGGAAGAAGAUGCAGGCCAAGAAGAGGCUCCAACAGGGCGGUCACUAGGCGGUCAAACCUACUACAAUGCUACGAUUUUUCGCUCAGGAGCGCAGGAUUUGAUACCCAGGAGCAAGAUAAACGUGGUGGCAGUUCUUGUUCGACUACUCAUUCGAAAUGUUGAAAUAAUGGAGUUCAUGGUUCAAAGGUUUCACAGGAUGGAGUCAUGUACUUGAAUCAAUGAACUAUGAGAGGACAGACACUUAAUGCUACUGGCCUCUUCCUGCACUCUAAGGUUCCCAAGAACACUCCUUUCCUUGAAAUUACCAUGCAAUCGAACCAAAGUGAUAGGGGGAGACCUUCCUAAUUAUUGCUUUUAUCUCCG